AGCAAGACAGAAAUACAAAAAAGGCGACUUGUUGGAAUUCAAAUGACGAUACACAUGGAUGAAGGAGCGUAAUUAGCGUCAGGCGUGAUUUCCUUUUCUCUCUCCUCUAUUGAUUUUCGUGCUACUUCACUCCACACUCUUCACUCCUCACUCACUAAUUACUACUUUCUUCGUCUUCUUCUUCGCUGCGAUUUGUUUCUAGAUCUCUGCAAAUCCUCAAAUAAGUAUUCUGUUCGUCGAUUGAACUCCCGCAAUCGCCAGAAAAUGGCGAGGAGGUUAGCGGUGUGGUUAUGGAUGUUGUCGGCGUUGAUUACCGUGAGAGAGAGUAGUAUGAUGUAUACAUCAAGAUUAGUGCACCGAUUUUCCGACGAGCUUAGAGGUUUUUCCGGUGAGAAAAUGUGGCCGGAGAAGAUGAGCAGAGAGUAUUAUCAAAGGUUGUUGAUCGGCGAUUUUCAAAGGCAGAAGAUGAAAAUCGGUCAUCAACGUCAGUUGCUUUUCCCUUCUCAGGGUAGUCAAGCUCUUUCUUUUGGCAAUGAUCUUGGUUGGUUACACUAUACUUGGAUUGAUGUAGGAACACCAAAUGUGUCUUUUUUGGUUGCGUUGGAUGCUGGAAGUGAUCUACUGUGGGUUCCGUGUGAUUGUGUCCAAUGCGCUUCCCUCUCUGCCACUCAUUAUAGCAGUUUGGAUAAGAAUCUAAAUGAGUUCAGCCCAUCUAGCUCAAGUACCAGUAAGCUUCUGACCUGCAGUCAUCGACUAUGCACACAGCAAGCAAACUGUAAAGCUCCCAAUCAGUCAUGCCCUUACAAUGUCCAAUACUAUUCAGAGGAUACAUCAAGUUCGGGUCAGCUUGUUGAAGAUGUGUUACAUCUAUCAUCGAGCAGUAACAGCCCAUCAAAUAUAAAAGCUUCAGUUGUAUUUGGGUGUGGUAAGAAGCAAAGUGGUGCUUAUCUGGAUGAGGGGGUUGCUCCUGAUGGUCUGAUGGGUCUAGGCCUUGGUGACAUUUCUGUGCCUAGUAUUCUAGCAAAAUCUGGAUUGAUUAGGAACACCUUCUCAUUAUGUUUCAAUGAUAAUGGCUCUGGGAGAAUAUUUUUUGGUGACCAAGGACUCACUACCCACCAGUGGACUCCAUUUGUGCCACUAGAUGGAAAAUUUUCAACUUAUGUUGUUGGCGUGGAUUCUGUCUGUGUUGGGAAGAGCACUUGUCUCAAACAAACAAGUUUUCAUGCUGUUGUCGACAGCGGAUUUUCUUUCACUUUUAUACCAGAUGAUGUGUAUAAAAAAGUUACCAAGGAGUUUGACAGGGAUAUUAAAGCUUCUAGAGUUAGUUAUGAUGGAUAUCCAUGGGAAUAUUGUUACGAGUCAAGUGGAGAGGAGCAACUAAAUUUUCCUUCAGUGGAGCUGAUGCUGCCAUCUAACCAGAGUUUUGUGGUCCAAUAUCCAACUUUUCCUGUCACUGGGGAUCAGGGAAUUGUGGGAUAUUGUCUAGCCAUAGAGCGUGCUGAAGGAGAUAUGGCAAUUAUUGGCCAGAACUUCAUGACGGGUUAUCGCAUGGUGUUUGAUAGGGAGAAUAUGAAACUUGGCUGGUCUCAUUCCGAUUGUCAAGAUUUAAGCAACCAGAAAAGAACGCCAUCAUCAGCAGGGGGUAAACCACCUAAUGCAUUGCCUACUAAUGAACAACAGAGAAUUCCUGGUGCACAGGCUGUGCCUCCUGCUAUUGCUGGAAGGACUCCUCCAAUAGCCUCUUCAGCCUCAGCAAUGCAUGCACCAUUUUCAUUUUGGAUGCGGCUAACUGUACUGCUUUCCAUGCUCGCGUCCUUUCAUCUACUAUGGUAUUUAGAACCAGUAAUUUCCCAAGACCUGGUGUAAAAUACCGUCCUUGCAUUUUAUAUCAGUCCAGAUAUCCCAUGGCUUCACAUUUUUCCCCGAGAAGUCAUUGGAUACGUGACAUACCCUUAUUCUCCUGCCUCCCACCUAGGUCUUCUGUAAUUCUCGAUUAAAGCUGUGUACAUAAGUUAGAGUUUUAUAUCCUUUAGAUGGAGUUCUUCUGUUGUUAUUGAUAGGAUUUCAGAUUUCAUAUAGGGUGUAUAGUGACCCUUUUCUGUGGGUUGUGUGUUCCUUGUGGAAUGUACUUAUGGUACUUUAAUUUUGUUGUUGCAAGGUGAUGUUGUCGUACAUGCUA